UAGCUCAAUAAAAUAAAUAACACUUCACUUGCGUCACUUUCGAUUUCGAUAUAUUGGCUCCAUUUCAUGCAUUUCCGGUUUUUGAAAAAAACAGAUGCAUAAUGUGUUUCCUGUGCGAUGCAGUCCGUUAAGUUCUAGCAAGGAAGGUAGACACAGAACUUGUGGCAGGUGUUUUAUUCGUUAAAGUGUCGACACAUCUUCUCAACGCCCGGUUUGUGUUUCUGUUUCAACUCCGUCUUAGAACGAUUAACUGGACGUUAUGAGUUUGAACUGUACACUGUUGCACAUAACAAGCUAAUUAACAUGGCAAGUGGAGUGUCUCUGUUGAUGUACUUGAACUCAUCAUGUGUGGAUUGCUCAGACAUGGGGCCACCCCCAGACACAAUCCUAGGCAUUCCACCACCUCCUCUGCCAGCCUUCCUGCAGCGAGCUCCUGCCAUUGAUAACAUCUCCACCUGCAGUGUUCUCUGUGACUGGACAGCCGGACCGGGUGUGGAAUAUGUUGAGCUUCCAAGACAAGGCCCAGCAAUGGAUGAUACCUGGUUACUGGUGUUGAUUUCUUCCUCUGUUGGAGUGCUGCUACUUGGUGCCCUUCUUGCACUUUUCCUUCUCAAGUGCAAAGUUGAGCGCAGUGGAAAGGGGUCACUACAGUUGGAUGGAUCCACUCUGAGCAAGGCUAAUGGAGUGAAGGGUUGUGAGGCAGUGCUGUAUCCAUGUCCACAAUCUGGUGAGGCCAUCACACCAGACAGCCGUGUGCUGUGGGCAGCACUCACACCUCGUGGGACAACUCAUCACUUUGCAGCAGAACCACCAAUAUAUCAUCAGCCACACCAUUACCAUCACAAUGUCCCUCAGUAUGGCUCAACCUUGCAGCACCAAGCCCGUAGCCUGCCUCCUGUCCCCACAUCUCCCCUGCACCCACCACCACAGGUAUCACCAUAUCAUGUCACGCAGAUCACACAUCAGCUGCCUGAUGCUCUACCAGUGAGUUUUGACAACUCUGGCUUCGUUGACUCUGAUGAUCCAACACCAGCUGUGGAGAGUUAUCAGUUAAGUGAACUAAUUGAAACAAGCAGCAACACAGCCACAAUUGGCAGCACUAACAGUAUGAGGAGAACUCCGUGCAGUAGCCCUCAUGCCUCGCCUCGCCCACGAGUCUCUUCUCCAACUCGCAUUGAGCACCCCAACUUGCCUCCCCUCAACCUUCACCCAAGCCAUCGUGGACUGCGCAGGACAAACGUCUCCAGGAGAGAAUCAGAUGCAUCUUCAGUUUCCUCACCUGUUGUACUAUAGACUUAUUUUAAUAUCUUAAAAGUAAACAGUCAAGUUAGGCACAAAUAGUUGCACUUUCUUAUUCUUAAAAUAUGAAUACCAAGUCAGUAAUUUCGUCUUGAUGGAUUUCUGGAUCAUAACAUUAUGUUAAGUGUUUCAUAAGUACAUACUUCUGCAUGGAAAUUAGGACACAGUGGUUCAAGAAUGCUGUGAAAAUAAAAAAUCAGGCUCUAAAUAAAUCAAUCUGAACUACAGGUCUUAUUGUUAAUUUGUGGUCAUCCCUCAUAACAGCACUUCUGAAGAGUCCCCAACCAGCUCAGUGAAUAUUAGUAAUCUGUCAAGUUCCUCAGAAAGAAACAUAUGGGUAACGUUACAGGAUCCCAAGGCACAGUGAUGUGCACCAAGGAAUCUGAGUGAACAUUUGGCAUAUGUAUUAUCAAAACUCGAUAUGCACACUUUAAUAGAUGUUUUAAAUCAUGUAGGUUGACUGAAAGUGGUUGAAUGGUUUCAGGCUUAAACUUGGAAAUCUAUACCCUAAAAGAAACUGGACUGUCAACAUUAUCAAAAAAUUCUUUACAUUAUUGGUCUCAACAGCAUUUCUGUUCACAGUACUUAUUAUGGGUCUGUAAGGCAAAAUCCAAUUCAUAAUGCAAGUGUGAGUGUAUGUGUAUAAUGGUUGAAGUUAAUGUUACCAUUUUCAUAUCUUUACAUGUAUGCAUUUCACAAAUGUUUGUAUAUAUCAUCUACUCAUUUUUAAGAUCUCAAGAAUUGAAUAUAAAUAAUAAAUAGACUUAAUAUGUUUAUAGAUUGAACGAACUAGCAUCUUAUUUAGAUAAAUGUGUGUACAUUUUCUGCUUGUAUGUCUACUGUAUGAGAUUAUAAAGCCAAUUCUGUAAUGCUGCUUCUAACUUAAUGGCAUUAUUGAAACAUCACUACUGUAGCCAACAUAAGGAAUCGUUGACUGGAUUAAUUAUCCAUUCACCAAAAUGGUUAUAGCUUUGCUAUUUGAUCUUGUGGUUUGUAACUUUUCAUAAAGAUAUUUCUGUGAAAACUUAUUAUGUAAUGACAGAAAUUAUUCAAUUGUCAUUUUUCAGUGGACAUUUGCUUGCUUGAUCUGUUCCAGAUAUUUGUACUUAGGGAUAUGUUCAUGGGGUGGGGUGACAACUUUAUUAAUUCCUCCCACAGUCAUAUAAUCUAAUAAAAGUUUAGAUUUGUAGGUUUGUUUUAACCAAAUACAACAGUCAUCAAUAUUAAUGAAGCAAGUAUCUCAUUUUCUGAUCUGAUGUACAGUUGUUAUGUUGGUAAGUAUGUAAAUAUCUUUUGUUAUUGCCUGAUGAAAAUAAGGUAAUUACAUUUAUAUUAUAAAAUUGUUGUAAUCAUUGUACAAGUUAUUAGAAAAUUGAAGGAAUCAUUCUGAGGUUCCAUGCCCUUUGCAGCAUUAAACUCCAACUAUAUUAGCAUAUAUUAUUCAAAUAUAUAUGCUAGCUGAAGGUAUCUAUCAAUCUUCUGAAUUUAACUUAUUGCAGUAUGUUGCUGUUAUAUUUAUUUUCCAGAAUAAUUAGCUCAUUUCUAGUUGUAUAAGUAUGUAAAUAGUAAUUUGUAUCAUAAGGUGUACAGUAUACUUUAAAAAAUCUAAUAAAAAAGAGUUGUAACAACUGGC